GUGACGUCAGCGUCAAGCAGCCAAUCAGAUUCAGUGUAUGGCUCACGUAAUUUAUCAGAACUGGCCAUCGUCGGUUUCUUCGGAAGCGAAUCUCGUCCUGAUGAUCUUUCGACGGAAAUUGUUGGAAUGGAAUUUUGCCGGGACCUCAUUAAUAAAGCGCUGAAAAAGAAGAAGUAGCCAUGGCCUCGGUGAUAUUACAGGGUCUCGAGAUACAUUUUUACCUGCCGGAGACACAUCAGAUCAUUCGUCUCUCAGGAAGUUUCACGGCAGAGGAGCUGUGUGUUGAAGCUGCCAAGAAGUUGGGUAUAUCUCCAAUGUGUAGCAGUUUGUUCGCUCUUUAUGAUGAAUUUAGCAAGAUCUGGUAUCCACCCAAUCACUCAUUCACUAUUGAUGAGACUACGAGAUUGAAGCUUUACUAUCGCAUGAGAUUCUAUUUUACAAACUGGCAUGGGACAUCUCCUCUCAAGACAUCUCCUCCAGUGUCCAGACACAGUCUGAAGCGAGGGACGGGGUCUACAGGAACGGCUGUUCUGGAUGUAGUUUCACUAAUGUACCUCUACGCACAGAGUCAGUGUGACUUUCAGAGUGAUCUGGCACAGCUGCGUAGCGCUCGUGAUGUGAAUGAUGUCCAGCAGAUAGAAAAUGAGUGUUUGGGUAUGGCAGUGAUGGCCAUCACCCAUGAUGCCAUUGAAAAAAAUCUUCCUGUCAGUGAAUUUGAGUACAAGAAUUACAUCCCCAAGGCCCUGUACAAGUCCAUACGUCACAGGAACAUUCUCACACGUCUGCGCAUCGCCAACGUCUUUAAAGUGUUCCUUGAGGAAUUCACCAGGAACACUGUGCAAGGCAACAAGAUCAAAACCCAUGACUUGAAGGUCAAAUAUAUGUCCACUUUAGAGACUCUAACGAAACACUUUGGCCAGGAGGUGUUUAAACCCACUUCCCUCAUCAUACAUGACAAUGAGCAAAUUAUCACAGACUCUAGCAGGACUGCUGGUGUUCAUUACAAGAUCCUGGUGUCUGGCACCUCUGGCAUUCACUGGUGUAAAGUCCCCACCGAGGCCAGUUCAGAUCCGUGGGCCAAUCAGGAGAGACGUAAAUCAAAGAGAGACAGUAAGAAACUGAGUAAAGUAGCAUCAAAUGAUGCAGGAGAGGACAAAUGGACACUCUUCUCAGACUUUAAUGAGAUAACGCAUCUUCUCAUCAAAUACUCUGUGGUUACCAUACACAAACAGGACAACAAAAACAUGGAGCUGAAGCUGGCAUCCCAUGAGGAGGCGCUGUCCUUUGCUAGUCUGGUAGAUGGAUACUUUAGGCUCACAGUAGAUGCGCAUCAUUUCCUCUGCAGGGAUGUGGCUCCCGUCUCACUGCAAAGGAACGUACAAGAGGGCUGCCAUGGUCCAAUCAAUACUGAAUAUGCCAUCCAUAAACUCAAGCUGGAAGGUCAUAAGGAGGGCAUGUAUCUGCUGCGCUGGAGCACUCACGACUUCGAUCAUGUUCUCCUGACUGUCAUAUGCAAUGAGAGGGAUUGUCAUGGCAGCAUCAUUAAAACCUUCAAGAACUUCCAGAUUGAGGCGAGCGCACAGGGCUACCUCUUGACUGGGACAGAUAUUAUGAAGCCCACUCUGAGAGAGCUGACGAACCACCUGUGCAGCCAGUGUCUCACAACUGAGCACAUCAGCUUAAGACUUGAGCGUGGCUGUCCACCCCAACCCAAAGAGCAAUCCAACCUUGUGAUGGUGACCAGGAACGAUUCAGCAUUGACACACUCUUCCUUCAAUAAUGCAGUUAUCCAUAGGAUCCUCAGAAAUGACAUUACCCAGGAGAAGCACCUGGGCCAAGGCACCUGCACAAACAUCUAUUCUGGGAAGCUGAAGUUGAGAAAUGAGGAUGUUGAAGGUUCGUCAGGCCAUGAGGAGGUGGAUGUGGUUCUGAAGAUGCUGGCAGCAGGACACAUUUCUGCCUUCCUGGACACAGUCAGUGUAAUGCAGCAGAUUUCACAUAAAAACAUGGUUCUGAUGUAUGGCGUAUGCAUGCACAGCAUGGACAUCAUUAUGGUGGAGGAGUUUGUUCAGCACGGCCCUCUGGAUAUGUUCAUGAGAAAUCAUCGCUCUGAACUCACGCCCUCCUGGAAGUUCCAAGUUGCGGAGCAACUUUCCAGUGUCCUCAGUUAUUUGGAGGAUAAGAAGCUUGUCCAUGGCUAUGUCUGCGCUAAAAAUGUUCUGUUGAAGCUGGAUGGUCUGGAAGGAGAAAGUGGUCCUUUCAUUAAACUGAGUGAUCCUGGACUUUCCAUUGCUGUUCUCAGCCAAACGGAGUGUAUUGAUAGGAUCCCCUGGAUCGCCCCGGAGUGUGUUAAAAACCCCAAAGCGCUGAGCAUUGCCACAGACAAGUGGGGGUUUGGGACCACGCUAUGGGAGAUCUGCUACAAUGGCGAGGUGCCUCUGCGUGAAAAGAAACUCUCAGAGAAAGAGCGAUUCUACGAUGUGUACGGUACUCUGGUCACUCCCAGCAUCAGUGAACUGGCUGAUCUGAUCACGCAGUGCAUGAACUAUGACCCCAAGAAGAGACCGUUCUUCAGAGCCAUAGUGAGAGAGCUGGGCCGCAUCAAAGAGCGGCACGAGAAGGAGCUUCACCUUAUGGAGGCAAUUCCUCCACAGGAGACUGAUCCUACAGAUUUCAAGAGAAGAUUUCUCAAGAAAAUACGAAAACUUGGAGAGGGAAACUUUGGGACGGUGGAACUGUGUCUGUAUGAUCCUAAGGGAGAUCAGACAGGUGAGCUGGUGGCUGUCAAAUCUCUGAAAACGGAAAAUGAGAGCAGCAACCUGAGGAGAGAGAUCAGCACCAUCAGAAACCUCUACCAUGAAAACAUCGUCAAAUACAAAGGCAUCUGCAAUGACGAAGGAGGAACGAACAUCAGACUCAUUAUGGAGUAUUUGCCCUCUGGCAGUCUGAAAGAAUACCUGCCCCGUAACAAAUCCAACAUCGAUAAGAAGAGACUGCUGCAUUAUGCUCUUCAGAUAUGUCAGGGUAUGGAGUACCUGGGAUCUGAAAACUACAUCCACAGGGAUCUGGCAGCGAGAAACAUCUUAGUGGAGAAUGAAUCACUUGUAAAGAUCGGGGACUUUGGCCUAACUAAGAGCAUCAAAGAUGACGAGGAAUAUUACAAAGUGACCGAAGAACAGGACAGUCCUGUGUACUGGUAUGCUCCAGAAUGUCUGAUUAAUCGGAAGUUCUAUAAGGCAUCUGAUGUUUGGUCAUUUGGGGUCACUCUCCAUGAAAUCAUGACCUACUGUGACCGUGAUAACAGCCCUCCACAGGUAUUCCUGCAGACGAUUGGCAGGUCUCAAGGGCAGAUGACCAUGGCCAGGCUGGUAGACGCUCUUGAGAAAGGCUGGAGGAUGCCACGUCCAGACUCGUGCCCUGAAAUGGUGUACAGUCAGAUGCUCAGGUGCUGGAGUCAUGCCCCAGAAAACAGAGUGGACUUCAAGGGCCUGAUCAAAGAGUUUGAGUAUCUUCUCACUAGAGAAAACAUCUAGCUUCCAUUUUUCACAUCAGUUACAAAUACAAAAUGAAUCUGAAUUCUGUAGGUUUAUGUAACUUUCUCAUUAUACUAAGAAAAAUGAUUCAUGUUUCUUUCUCUUUAAAUCUUUUCCAGUUAAUCAUCUACCUCCAAAAACACUCUGUUUAUACGGUGUAUUCUCACUAGAUUAACACACCACUCAGCACUUAAGUAUCAAGUACUAAAAAGAUACAUUUAUGAAAUCUUAUGCCGCAUCAAAUCUAGGGUCAGAUUUACUAACAGCACAGUACAAACCCUCUUUAGGCAUUUUAAAAAAAGUACUGUCAAGAUUUACUAGAGACAUGCAGUGAAAACUGAGUGAUGAAAAGGCGUGGACAGUUAUUUUUGCGGCUGACCUUAUUGUAUAUGCAUUUGUAGGAGUUUCUCUUUAAAACGCAAAAUUUCGGAGAGUAUUUAAAUUAAUCAUGUGACGUAAUUUGCGCAAAUCGAUUUACUAUAUUUGUGCCAUUAUUUAAUGCCCAAAAAGCAUGUUUUAACCACUGAUCUAUAUGUAAUAAUCUCUAUUAUAGAUCAGCAGUGUUGGGGGUAAUGCAAGUUACGUAAUAAGAUUACUUUUUUCAAGUAACUAGUAAAGUAAUGCAUUACUUUUUAACUUACAAGAAAAUAUCAGUUACUUUUUCAAAUAAGUGAUGCAGUUACAUUGUUUUCCCAUUUUUCAAAUGUUGAAUUUACAUUUCCUUCAGCCUUUUACAUAUACAAAAAUAAAAUUUAAUAUUAAAAACAAACAAGCAAGCCAAGCUCAGAUGAGAAAAAGUAAUGUAAUGCAUUACUUUCCAUAAAAAAUAACUAAGGGUGGUGUAUUCACACCAGAAAAGUCCGCUAGUUCACUUGCUUUGGUCUGGACCAAAUACAAUGUUGUUGGUUUUUUUUUUUUUUGUUUGGUGCAGUUCGCUUUCACACUGCUCUUUUAGAAAGCGAACCAGAAAUUGUAAAGAAAACCACACGUGUGCUUAAGGUCAUCCAUUCAUUGGUUGAUCCAUUCAACCAUACCAGAGUUCAUUUGGAAGCGGUUGUUUGGUCCGCACCUGAGUGCAAUUGCUGUAUUCACACCUGCCCAAAAGAUCCGCACCAAAGGGGGGAAACGAACUUGAGUUCGAUUCAAUCGAACCAAACAAGACGGGUGUGAAUACACCCUAAGUAACGCAAUAUUGUAAUGCAUUAUUUUUAAAAGUAACUUUCAGUGGUUUUAUCCCGUUUUACACUUGACAUGACACAAUAGUUGCUAAUUUACUCUGCUCUUGGUGGAUUGCUUUGGUCAUUAUGGAAAUUAUCUGGAUGCAUCUGUGUUCUUUAAUUUGCUUAUUUUCUGUAAACCACACGCAGAACAUUACAUUCCUAUUAGUGCAUUUAUGGGAUUGCGAUCUCAUGCCAGUUUUCCCUGAUUACCAAAUCAGGCUCAUAAUGUUUAAACAUAUGUGAUUUAUUUUAUUAAAGAUAAAACGCAGAGGUGCCUUAAUAUCACAGGGGGCAUAUUUGUUAUAUUUACUGGAUAAUCUAUAGCUGCUUUUCCACCGUAAGGCUGAACGUUUCUAAGAACGUAAGAAAUGGUUCCAGUUUCCACUUCAGCUCGGUUUGGCACGGCAAAAAUGUGUGUAGUUUCUCUCUAUUGCUGGUCAAGCGUGCUAUUUGAGUGAAGCAAACAGAAAUAUCUGAUCAUCCUUCAUAAUACAGUCACUAUUUACAUCUCAUACCGUACUGUAUGUAAAUACUUGCAUUACCAGGGCAACGACUGAUACAUCUGUAUUACGAGCUCUGUUAUCAGUGCCACAGUGGAAAACCAAACCAUAUUAAGCAAUGAACAAUUAAGCAAUAAGAACCUGACGGUGGAAAAGCAGCUUAUGACAGAUAAACAAGACAGAGAGAUAGGUAAAUCUAUUAAAUAUAUAUAGUCAUGAAUGUCAUUUCAUUUUAUAAUUUUUUUUAAAUAGUCUUACUGGCUGUUAUAUUCAGUUGAUUGUACUGUAAACUUUUUGAUCAUUAAAAAAACAUUAAACAA